AUGGGAAACCACACAAGAGUGACAGUGUUUAUCCUGGCCGGUUUGACUGAUGACCCACAGUUGAAAGCUGUAUUAUUUAUCUUCCUACUUCUCACCUACUUGCUAAGCAUCACUGGAAAUAUGAUCAUCAUCACACUCACCCUGAUGGAUCCUCACCUCAAGACCGCCAUGUAUUUUUUUCUUCGGAAUUUCUCUUUCUUAGAAACUUCCUACACUACCACAUGCAUCCCUAAAUUGCUGGUUAUGAUGGCAACGGGGGACAAAACCAUUUCCUACAACAGUUGUAUUGCACAAUUGUUUUUUGUCUUCCUUCUUGGAGCAUCUGAAUUUUACUUGCUGGCAGCCAUGUCCUAUGACCGCUAUGUUGCCAUCUGUAAGCCCCUACAUUACACAGCCAUCAUGAACAGUAGAGUUUGCAUUCAGCUUCUCUUCUGUUGUUGGCUUGCUGGCUUCUUUACCAUCUUUGUACCUCUCCUCUUAGUCCUCCAGCUUGACUUCUGUGCUUCCAACAUUGUUGAUCAUUUUGGCUGUGACUCAACUCCCCUCCUGCAGAUCUCCUGCUCAGACACACAGCUCAUUGAGACAGUGGGAUUCAUCUCGGCUGUGGUGACUCUCAUGGUCACACUGGCAAUGGUGAUAAUAUCGUAUAUUUAUAUUGCAUUAACAAUUCUAAAAAUCCCUUCAAGUAAUCACAAGAAAAAAGCAUUUUCAACGUGUUCUUCUCACAUGAUUGUGAUAUCCCUUUCUUAUGGUAGCUGCAUCUUCAUGUAUGUUAAACCAUCAGUCAAACAAAGAGUAUCUUUUUACAAGGGAAUAGCACUACUCAGUACCUCAAUUGCACCACUUUUGAACCCUUUCAUCUACACCUUAAGGAACCAACAAGUGAAAAAAGCCUUUAUGAGUACAAUACACAGGGUCAUUUCUUUCUCAAAUAAAUAA